AUGGCCCCUGCCCAAUCCCAAACAGCUGCCGCGGCGAAUUUCUUCGCCCCUAGAACUCGGCGUAAUAUGCCAACACAGAACUAUGCCCGCCUCGAACGUCCUCAAUUCAACCCUCAGAAUCCCCCCCGCGCGCGCCCUGAUCCUAGCACAACGCCGGCUCCCUCAUCUCCUCUUCCAGCCUUCGAAGAUACAAUUGUCUGCGCGCCCCCGGGCCACCCUGACUGUGAGUCAGAUGAUGAUAUGCCCGACGCGGAUACACCAGAGCCGCCAUUGAGCACUAGUCAUAUGACGCUUGAAGAGAAAGCGGAGCUUAUCAAGAAGUGGGCCGACAACAAGCAAAAGCAUGUUCGCAAGAAGAGAGACAAGAACAGCCACGUUUAUUGGUAUAUGCAGAGGGAGGCUAUAGACGGAAGCUUUUACUCAGAGUAUAAGGACGGACCGAAGAUCUUCCAAGAGUUCCGGUGGACUUGUAUAGAGUGCCUCCGAAAUCCUUGUGCUCUUCGGAAGAGAUUCCAGGUCCUUGAAUCGAACCGCAGGGGGGUUACCUCUGGUAUGGGAGACCAUUUAAAAUCCCACAGUAUUACGAAGGAGUCUCACCAUGCUCGGAUCAAUGGAUAUGGCCGCGCCAUUGGUGGAGGAGACUAUACAGAGGCAGACGCAUGGAGCGGUCGACCUAGGCAGAGAGCAAGACUCACUGCCAAGGAGUCUGUACGCCGGUGGUUUGUAAAACACCGACUACCCUUCUCCAUUAUUGAGACUCCUGCUUUCCAAGAGAUGUUCUUGGCUCACAAUACAACCUGUGUAUAUAAGAGUCGUAUUACUUUACGCAAUCAUAUACAUAUAGACUUUAUUGAACGCAGGGAGAAGCUGAAGAUUGAGCUUGAGUACAAUUGUGCCACCAUCUCGUUCACCCUUGACAUUUGGACAGCACCGAAUCGGGUGCCUAUUUUCGCCAUUAUUGCGCACUGGAUUACGCCGGAGUUUGACGAGAGAGAGGAGGUUAUUGAGUUUAUUGAGCUUAAAGGGUCUCACACUGGCGAAAAACUAGCUGAGAUUGUUGAGAAGACACUUGAGGAGCUCAGGCUUAAGCCUAAGCUUCUCGCCAUUACGGGAGACAACGCCGGCAAUAACGGCACGCUCUGUCAGUCGCUUUACGAUUCUCUCAAGAACGAAUUCGACGAUAACGUGAGUCCAAUAGGGAGGCCCCGCAUGCGCUUUCAUGGGAGGAAGAGUUGGAUCCGCUGUCUAGCCCAUAUUACCUCACUCAUUUGUGACGGUGUCCUGCAAGAUCUCAAGGCAGGCACCGCAAAGGAAGCCAAGAAGAUGCUUGAUAAGUGGGAUGAGGAGAAUGAAAGCAACAACUACACCAUUCCGGGAGACUCUAGUCGAAGUGCGAUUGCAAAAAUCCGCCUCCUCAAUCUCUGGAUGUUGAGAUCUGGGCCGAGGGAGCAAGACUUCAAAAGCAUGCCCCGCACGCACUAUCGGAAGCCAACUUACGAUGUUGACACCCGCUGGAAUUCGACCUACGACAUGAUUGACCAAUUCCUUGAGUUUGAGGCAGAGUAUACCGAGUUCGUUGAUACUCACCCGCAAGUUAAGUGCCUCCUGCCCUCAUCAGAAGAGAUUGUCGCUCUCUAUCAAUUACGGAGGGUCCUAAAGCCGUUCAAAGACCACACUCUGAAAGUCUCGGAAGUUAUGCCGUCAAUCUCACAAAGUCUCGACAUCUAUUGGGAUUUGGAAGCUCUUCUUGAUGAUGUAGUCGAAGGGGUUGGCGACUUUACAGACCUUGAUAUGUCCAUUCGGAACGCGUUCUCAAAGGGCAAAGCAAAACACGUUACAUAUAUGAAGAAGCUUGACGAUCAAAUGAUGCUAUUUGCAGCUCACAUACUGGAUCCGCGCUAUAAAACUCACCAAUUAGAAAUGAUGAUACCGGAUCAAUACUCCGAGAUUAUAGCUAAAGUUAAGAAGUAUUUUAAAAUGGAGUGGCCGGAGCUAGCAACAUUGAAUGCCACAGACUCAACUCCGAGCCAACCCAGACUAGAUAAGCGUCCUCACGGAGUCUCCGUUGCGCAAUGGAAAGCCAUCCAAAUGAAUAAGGUGAAGGAGGCGGAGGACGGCUCGGCAAUCACUACUUCGGAGCUUGAAAGGUGGCUAGCGACUCCGCGAAUACGGUUCGACGUGUCUAUUGCAAAGUCUCCAGACUUCUUACGGAAGUGGUGGAAAGAACACAAGGACGAGUGGCCACUUUUGGCUGCGGCGGCGCGUGAUCUUCUCUCUGUCUCCGGCUCUGAAGUUGACGUAGAACGCCUCUUCAGUGGUUGUAGAGACGAAUUCGGUAUCCGCCGCCACGCUUUGAAGGCAGCUACGGUGCGGGUAUUAACACUCUUACGGAGUGCUUAUACUCAAGAAGACAAGAUCGACCAGAAGUUGGUCAAGGCGGCCAUGGAGUAUGACAUCCUGCCCUUCGCUAAUAGUAUUCUUUGGAGACCAGACCACUUUGUGGGCAAACUAGUAGAUGACGGGGAUCCUCCUCCUCCUCCUCCUGCCACCCAAGCCGGUGGGUCAUCGAUAUCAAUUCCCCAUCCCGAUGCAAUGGAGACCUUGGAGGAUUGA